CCAGAUACUUUUAUCCAAAGUGACUUCAAAAAGUGGAACAAAAGCUUCUCAAGGAGUCAACAAUAUUUGUAAUAUACAAUGGUUUUGUAACAGUUAUGAACUCUUUUUGUUGUUUUUCACUCUGUGUAGUCUUCUGGUCUGUUUAGUUCAUCUGUGCUCUUAUUUGGUUCUGUUCCUGUCCUAGUUUAGUUCAUUGAUUCAUUAGUGUUCAUUAGUUAAUUCCCAUCACCUGUUUGUCAUCAGCUGGCUGCCUUAUUUAAACUCACUCCUUAGUUCCAGCUUUCAUUCAGUAUUUUAUGUCAACAUAUACGUUUGUAUUGGCGUGUGGCUACCCCUCAUAUCUGUGGAUUAUCCUCUACCUGAGCUGAAGAGAUGACCAUUUUGGAGGCUUAUUUUGUGUUCCCAAACGGCACAGCUCUUGACUAUGAUGCAGUGACCGCAAUCCUGAAUUCAGAGGAGGUCUACAAGGAACAUGGAUACCAACUAACUCAGCUUGGAUUUACUGGCAUUUUGACAACUGUUACCGAGUCUACAGAUGUUAAGACAGAGGUAUUCAUCAUGAUUGGUUUGAUGGCUGCACUGGUGAUCGUUCUUGUUGUAACAACCACCUCACUCGUGUGCAUCAGAAGAAACUACAAGAGGAAACUGAAGGCAGCCAAAGCCAUGAAUUCAGCAGCCACAGUGGUCAUAGAGAAUCAGAAGACCAGCCCUGUUGUUCCUGGAACCAACAAAUACACCAAAGAAGGAGCAAACCCAGUGCUGAAUAUGAAUAUUGACACGGCCACAGACCUAGGCUUUGACGAAGAUGGCUCCAGCGCAGACAGAGAGAGCUACGUUACUGGUCCAAAAUGUCUUUACUGCCUUAAUUCCUUGGACUACAACAUCGAUAUGACCAUGACAGAGAAAGACACUAUGCCAAUGAUGGUAAUUCAGGAGGAAGAGGAGGAGGAUGAAAGGAGUGAAUCUCCAUACAUUGAGCCUCUGGGUGCUGCACUGGCCCAGCGAGAAAAGAGGAGAGGUGCAGACAGCCCCAGUCUCACUUUUGCAAACCCUUCCAUAGACACCACUGAUCUCUAACAUUCAGCCUCUGACCUCCACCUAUUUGCCAUUUUUUUAUACGUGGUCCUGCCAAAAAAAGGAGAAAAGUCUCAAUUUCACAAUUUAUUCAAUUUGGACAAACUCUAAAUCUAAACAAGACCGUUAUCAUCAAUGCACUUUUAAAUGUAAGAGUUGGAGAGAAAAAAAUUCUCAGUGCACUAAAAACAAGCAGUAAUUCAAACAGUAUUUGAAGUCAAAUUUUACUUACAUUAUUAUUAUUAUUUUUUUUUUUUAUUCUGAACUUAUGGAAUCUCCAAUAUGUAAUACCUAUUCCUAGAUUGUAAUGUUUUGUCAUUCAGAAGAAUGGAACUCUCUAUUUUAAUUAUUCUUUUCUGUCUCUGAACAAAAAACAUAAACUGCAUCAACAGAAACUAAAGUAAAACUGCUUGUGUAUCCUGCCAAAUAUUACCUGGCACCAUUCUGCUAAGUUUAGGUCUUAGUCAAAUCAAAUCAAGUAAAUAAAACUCAUAUCUUGCUAAGCCAAAUUGGUGACCAGGGUGUAUAUAUUUUGUAAGCUGUCUAUAUAUGGUAUAUUGUUAUAUGUU